UAUUUAUACAGGAGUCAACACCCGGGCGAAUACACUGCCUUCCACCCAAAUUACAAAGGAUUUUAGUCAAAUUUAUGGAAUCUCAGGUAAAAUUCUUGACUCUUAUCUCAAUGAUGCCUUCAAUUUGAACUUGGAUCGAGUAUAAUUAAACUGACACAAUGCAACAAGCUGCAUCACGGAGUCUUCUUGCCUUUAAGGGCAGAUGCAUGGAUGUCAAGUUUGACAUAGGAAACUCAAAUUAUAAGCCUCUUGAGAAGAUAGGAACAGGUGCCUAUGGAGUUGUUUGUUCAGCACUCAAUAAGAAGAACGGCGAGAAGGUAGCUAUAAAGAAGAUUCCAAACUCUUUUGAUGAGCUCACCACUGCCAAGAGAACCUUCAGAGAGUUGAAGAUCCUGCGCCACUUCAGACAUGAAAAUGUCAUUGCCAUUCGGGAGAUCCUCAUGCCCAAGGAACCUUUAUCAGAGAUGAAAGAUGUCUAUGUGGUCUUUGACUUGAUGGAAAGUGACUUACAUCAAAUAAUCCACUCCAAUCAACCAUUCAGUUUAGAGCACAUCAGGUUCUUUCUGUAUCAGAUUCUGAGAGGUUUGAAGUACAUCCACUCUGCUGAUGUGAUCCACAGAGACUUAAAACCGAGCAACUUGUUAGUCAACGAGAAUUGCGAACUGAAGAUUGGAGACUUUGGAAUGGCAAGAGGACUGUCUACAAUAAGUGCAGAUAAGAAGAAAAUGUUCAUGACCUCAUAUGUAGCUACGAGAUGGUACCGUGCACCAGAGCUUUUGUUUUCUUCAGAUGAUUACACUCUAGCUGUGGAUGUCUGGUCUGUGGGAUGUAUUCUGGGGGAGAUGAUUGGUAGGAAGCAGAUGUUUCCAGGAAAAAAUCCUAUUGAUCAGCUCUCUCUCAUAGUGAAUGUUCUUGGCAUGCCCCCAACUCACAUGCUGAAAUCAACAAGCAGUGAUCAACUGUACAACUUCUUUCAGAAGAACUUUGCCAACAAGACUCCCAAAGACCUAUCUAAACUCUACCCUAAAGCUGAUCCUCAAGGUUUAGAUCUGCUGGCAAAAAUGCUUAUAUUUGAGCCAUCGGAGCGCAUAACAGUCAAUAAGGCACUCCAACACCCAUUCCUCGCUACCUACUACAGUCCUGAUGAUGAGCCAGACUGUUUCCCAAAGUUUGAUUUUUCAUUUGAGAACCAAGACAUGACAAAGGAACAAAUCAAGCAGCAAGUUGGCAAAAUGAUUCUGAAAUACAAUAAACCAAAAGGAUGGGUCAGUAAAGGAUUGCUGAGUGUUGUUCCAAAGACUGACGUGACAGGUGGUACUACUACACAAUCAGCUAAUAAUUUUGGCACUCUCCAAACUGUAGGCCCUUCUAGCAGCCACAGUAGCCUCAAAACUAUUGGACCUUCAUCAAAUGGUAGAUGUGGACUUCAAACUAUUGGUCCUUCAUCCAGCAAUCAUGGAAGCCUACAAACUAUUGGUCCAUCCUCUAACAGUCUCCAAACCAUUGGCCCUUCCUCCAGGAAUCUGCAAACUGUUGGCCCUUCUUCUCAUACUCUUCAAACUAUUGGUCCUUCUGGAAGCAGGAAUUCUCUUCAGAGUGAUGGUCCAUCAAGCAAAAGGGACACUCUGCAAACUGUAGGACCAUCAUCAAGAACAACAACUCUUGAGACAGUAGGUCCAUCCUCUGAAGUGAGAAAUGACAAUGAUGGUGAUAAUGCACCGCUCUCUCCCGGUGGUUCACCUCUCAUCAGAGAAAGCUUGCUCUCUGGUCUUUCACAAACCUCACCCCUGUUUGGAGGACUCACUGACCUGUCACCAAAGUUUGUUGCAGCUGACAGUCUCAGCCCAGAAAUCUUCAAACCUCCAAUGGAGCCUAGCAGAAUUCAGUUUGAGAGUCUGGAUUCUAAACCUGAUCCAACUCCUAAUGUUUUUCUGGGAUUACCUGACAUUGGAUCUGUACCUGGCUCUGUAAGUGACGUUGAAAUGCCCAGUGCAAAGUCCACAAGUGGUGACACUGUGACAUCAUUCUUUAUGUCAUCAGAGAAAAUACCCACCCAAGGAAAGGUAUGCAGCCAAGCAACAACGUCCCUUCUUGUUUCAAGUGACAUUGAAAUGCGAAGUGCAAAAGGAGAAGCAACAACCCUUAUUGGAGAACAAAUUUCUAAUGAAGCAGAAGGUACUGAAGAGAAAGACCGAAAAGAUAAUAGUCAAGGGAGCACUUCUGGUGUACCCCAUACAAGCAAAGAAGCAGAUGGGCAGCGAGACCGUUCCAAUAGCACUGGACAGAAAACCAUUUCAGAAGACACAAAGGCUCUCAUCAAAGCGGCUCUCAUGAACUCUGCUCUCAAGAAUCAUAAAAAGGAGAGAGUAGAAUCUACUUCAAGUGAACCAGGCAAAGGAGGUGGUAAGAUGCCUGUGACAGCAUUAUCUCGUCAGCGGGAACGAGAGGAAAAACGCAAGCAGAAAAUGCGGCGAUCGAUGAAGAAGAAGAAGAAUCGCAAUGACAAAGAGGAAAAGAAUGUAUCUCCUGCUCUUUUGACAGAGGAGGAUAAAAAUAUGUUAGAGAGAUGGAAUCGGAUGCAACAAAAAGAAGCUACUGCUUCAAAGUCUCAGGAUGAAAGCUCCAGACGAGUGAAGUCUGAAUCAGAUGUGCCAUAUGAGCCAGCAGCUAAGUCUCAGGUUCCAAACAAUCCCAAAAGAUCAGACGUUGUGCAAUAUUCAAUCAAAUCAGACGUUUCAAGUAGAAGUGAUUCAAAAAGUUUUAAAGUGUCAGAGAGUCUAAUGGAGUCUCCAAAAUUUGGUGCAACUGCAAGUCCAACUCUCUUUGAUGAGAUAUCAUCUUUGAAUCAAGAAAGUUAUCCGCAAUCCCCUGAUUACCUCUCCCAGCUAGACCUACCUUCAGGGAAUAGUUUGUUUGGAUCUGUUUCUCCCUACUCCCUUAAUGUGGAGAGCACAAGUGAAACACGUAACUCAUCUCAAAACAGAAUGCCUUUGGGAGCUACAUGUGGUCCUCGAGAGGAACUACAAUUUAAUUCCACCCUGCAAGCAACAAACCAACAAACCAUGCCCUUCACGCCCAUGUUUGUUGCAACAUCAAGGAAUCGCUCCGGCAGUGAUGUGUUCCUCAGCCCAAAGAAGUCUCCAAAGCAGCAGUUCCUGUACCGCUCUCCUGCAGAUCGACAGACGCCCUCACCACCCAGUCACAUCCCAUCUCCACCAUCAUGCCUACAGAAAUCACCACCUGAUUACAGGUCGACAACUGCACAAGCCAAUCCUGUAGGGUUGUUGAACAACCAAUCCACUUCCUUGGCAGGUCAAUCACAAGACCAUUCUUUAGGGAGACGUAAUGAUUCAACUUCUUCGGACAUCACCACCAUCAUCAGACAGCUUUCUCGCUCUGUUGUGGAAGACACAUUGCCCUCACUGUUAUCUGUGCCUUUACCAGUCACGCCAAAGGGAGAUGGAGGUGGCUAUGGGCUCAGUCUUGAUAUAGAGGAACUGAUGGGAGAAUCUCUUGACCCCAAUGUCCAAAUAAAUGAUGGCAGCAGAUGUGAUUCCGCUCCUCUCUCUGCCUCACUCCUCUCUGAUUGGCUGGAUGUCCGCAACCUGAACUCUGAAGAUAUGAAGGCGAUUGAGCAGGAUGUGCGUAUCCUGACGAAUGAGAACUUACGCGAUAUACAACGUGAGCUGGGGCUCACUUCACCUGUAGGUAUACCGGUCAUACCACCUUUGGGUGCAGGGCAGUCAGACAGGAACCGAAAGAUGUAACUGCCAAGAAAUACCUGCCAGUUUUACUGAUGAAAAGAUGUAAAAUAUCGGCAGUCGCAAAUCCAUCAUUAUUAGUGUUAUUUGUGUGUAUGUGCAUUACUGAAUUAAAAAAAUUGAAAAUGAAAUUUUGUGAUUGUAAUGCAGUUUGAAAUUUAAUUCAUGACUAUUGCUCUCAUUGUUGUGAAAAGCCUAGUCCAAAUAUGAUGCGACAAAUUCAGCAACAUUUUUCAUAGUGUUCAUACACCUCACAUAUUUAAGUACUUUAUUGAAAAUGAAUAAUAGCUAAACAAAGUCAAAUUUUGAAUGGAAACGCAGCACACAAAGACAGGAUGUGCCUAUGCUUGUUAAUUGUAAUUGUAGUUUGUAAAGUUUACCUAGUUGAAACUGAUUUUUAAAGUUUUUCUCCUUUUCGAAAUGAAUUAUAAACAGACAGGGUCCAUUUCCAUUCCAACAUGGCCAAAGAAAGACUCAUUCGUGUAUUCACAUUUAAAACCAAUGAGAGCUCCAUUUGAUGGUAUAAACUAUAUGAGAAUCACUUUGUAAUUUUAGGCUGAGAAAGGCAUGGAUUAACCCACUCUUUCAUUGGUGGAAAGUGAUAAUUAUAUAGCACCAAUUUUAGAAAUAUGCAAAGUCUAUAGAAAUUAUGAGUGAAAUAUCAGAUGAUCAGUGUGUUUCUAUUUCAAAGCAGCAAAUCAACACUUUAUGAAAUCAAAUUUUGAUCAAUUUUUAUUUUGCAACUUAAACUAGAAAUGAGCUUUAAGUGAAUUUUUGUUUGCUUUUCAAUCUAUGGUAGUUGUGUGCAGUACUGGUUUUGUAUGAAGAAUUACUUUCAAAAUUGAAAUUAACUGCAAGAGAUGUCUCAUGAAUCGUCAAUGUUUUAGAUGAAAUAAUUGAAUAAAAAUUCUUAAAAUUUCAGUGUUAAUGAAAGAAGACAUUAAUUUUGUCAUGAGCAUAUUUUGGGUCACUGCCAGUAAGAUAAUGAUAUUCAGUGGAAAUGAUAGACUCACAUGUAGUAUACAUAUAAAACAUGAUUUUAAUCACUAUUAAAUAGUUUACCUGAUCUUUAAAACUUUAUAUAAAAGAAAAGAGUCUAGUAAUUAAAUUUUUAAACUACAUAAGAAUUUUAGCUGUGUGCCAUCUGGACUUGAUAAAGAAAGUGUUUCCAAUCAUCUGAUCAUAUAUCAUGUAGUAAAACAACAAAAAGCAAAUGUGCAGGAAAAAAAAAUCAAAGGCAUGUUGCAAACAUGGUAAAUCCUAUCUUGUGUAUUUUUCAUGUAAAACUAGUUGUGUGCUAAGCACUUUCUGUGUAAACAAUUGUUUUCUUUGAGCAAAGCAAUUGAUAGAAUCAAGAAUUUUUAUACAUCAUCACAUUGGUUUCUGCAAUUUUGGCCCUGUAAAACUGUCCAAUAAAGCAGAACUGUUUGUCUCUGGCAAAUCAAUAACAAAAUUUGCAAUCAGUUGUAAAUAUAGAUGGUAACUCUGUAAUACAGGGCCCUUAAGUAUGCAUUAUUAUGAUUUCCAUGUGAAGCCAUUGUUUUUUUUUGAGGGGUGUGUGAGCUUUUAAUCAUACAGGGAAAUUGAUUAUCAAUUGUAAUCUUUGCAUUGAUAGUGACGUGUGAACAAUGUUUGACACAGCUUUGCCCAACAAGGAUGUUGGUAUCUACUUCAAAGAAAAUUACAGUGUGUAUUUUUGUGGUUUAUAUUUAACCACAGAUGAUGCUACCCUGAAGGAAAAAUUUCCUGAAAAUGUUAUAUUUGAUAAAACAAAAUAUGAUCGAUAUUUACAUUAAAAUCCUUAUGUUGACAAUCUGAAUUGUGAUGGAAAAAGGUCACGUCGAGGAGAUUAUGACGUGUUCUGAAUGCGAUCAUCUUUGCAAUUAUUUCUUUAUAAAUGAUGUUGCUGUGAAUAUAGUUCGUAAGAAUAUUUUCUCCACUAAAUAGUAUUUGCCUGCAGAAAGGCUUUAUGUGGCAUGUUAAACAUGUAUGAUAUGUAGCACAUAGUUAGGCUGAAGAUGUAGAUUCGCUUUUAAAUUUAUCUCGAUGUAGUGCAAUUACAGUUCUUGUUAAGGUGUGCAUUUCUUAAAGACUUCACAAACAGUUUUAAGUUGCUUGUCUCUCAUGAGCUUUAUUAUUAUCUUUGCAUUAUUCAUCACUUAUGCAAACCUGGAACCUUAUUUCAAUUGAUUUAGAUUAUUUGAAAUACAGUCUUCAUCUGCUGAAAUGUCAAGAAAGCGUAGGGCAUUUCAUUGUUUGUAAGUUAGUCUCAUUUAGAACUACACAGUGUCUGUGUUAAUUGCUUUCUGAAAAAGCACAAUGAAUAGGGAGUGUUAAACAUGAGAUUCCUAUUUUUAUAAGCAGGAAACCUGACAAAUAUUGCUAACUUUGAUGCCAUGAAUGUUGAUUUUCUUUGGUUUUUUUUUUAUUUCUG